CUGCCACCUCAGCGGCACCCCUUCCCUCCGCCUCCGCGAACAAGCUCGUGUCCGCCCCGCCAUCGUCAUUGGUUUCGCUCUUGCUCCCGGUUUUCUCGCUCGCUGUGCCCCUUCUCUCCUCCACCACCCGCAACCACGGAGCGGAAUUUUUCUAUACCAAACUCCCUCGUCCUGGCCUGCCCUCUCGAUCCGAUCGGGACCCAACCCUAGCCCGGAAUGGCGUCGUCGGCGGCCAGCGGCAUGCGGAAGGCGCCGUCGCUGGAGUGGCGCUGGGUGUCCACGGAGGAGGACGACGAGGAGGACCGCGGCGGGCGCGGUGGCGACGCGGCCGUCGGGGCGGUGGGCAGGGGCGGGAGCUUCGAGUCGGAGGACGAGGAGGACGCCGAGGACGAGGACGAGCGGGAGGGGAAGAAGAGGCUGAUCCGGACCGUGCCGUCCGUGGACUGGUUCGACGUCGAGGGCAACGAGGUCUCCGUUGGGCAGCAGGUCGAAGACACCGAGGAGUUUGAUUUUGGCAGGACAAUGUUUCUUGCACUUCAGACUCUUGCUGUGGUGUUUGGGGAUAUUGGAAUUGGUCCAUUAUAUACAUUUGAUGUCAUGUUUAACAAGUACCCUAUUCAAGGAGAGGAGGAUGUCCUUGGAGCUCUCUCACUUGUUCUGUAUACUCUGAUUUUGAUGCCAUUAGUGAAAUAUGUUCUAGUUGUCCUUUGGGCCAAUGAUGACGGUGAAGGGGGUAUAUUUGCCUUGUAUUCUUUGAUUUGUAGAAAUGCAAAAGUGAGUCUCAUUCCAAACCAAGUACAUUCUGAGAAGAGGAUGUCAAGUUUUCGACUCAAGCUUCCAACACCAGAACUUGAGAGAUCCAUAAAAGUAAAAGAGAAACUUGAAUCGUCAUUGUUGUUAAAGAAGUUGCUCUUAGGCUUAGUGUUGUUUGGGACUUCCAUGUUCAUAUCAAAUGGAGUUAUCACACCAGCAAUGUCAGUGUUGUCUGCUGUCAGUGGCUUGAAAGUUGGGAUACGAAAUACCUCUCAAGAUGUUGUGGUGAUGAUUUCAGUUGCACUUCUUGUAAUAUUGUUUAGUGUACAGAGGUAUGCCACUAGCAAAGUGGGGUUUGCACUUGGCCCUUCUUUACUUGUAUGGUUUUGUUGUCUUGGAGGUAUUGGCAUAUACAAUCUCAGUCUAUUUGGGCCAACAGCUUUUAUGGCAUUUAAUCCUCUCUACAUCAUUUAUUAUUUUGGGAGGAAUCCUUUUCAGGCUUGGCUGUCCCUUGGUGGGUGUCUUUUAUGUGCAACAGGAUCUGAGGCCAUCUUUUCGAAUCUUUGUCACUUUCCUGUAAGAUAUGUUCAGUAUAUGUUUAUGCUUCUUGUUCUUCCUUGCCUUGUCUUGGCAUAUCUAGGACAAGCUGCUUUUCUUAUUGCCAACCCGAAGUCAUCUGAGCAGGUCUUCUUUUCAUCGAUUCCAAUUGGAGUUUUCUGGCCUGUUUUCUUAGUGGCAAAUUUGGCUGCACUAAUUGCCAGUAGGACAAUGACUGUUGCUAUAUUCCAGUGCCUAAAACAGUCUAUAGCACUUGGUUGUUUUCCUCGGCUGAAAAUUGUUCAUACAUCUCGAAAAUUUAUGGCUAAGAUCUACAUUCCUGUUGUAAACUGGCUCCUAUUGGUUUCCUGCUUGGGAUUUAUCGUUCUGUUCAGAAGCAUAUAUGAUGUUGGCAAUGCAUAUGCUAUAGCAGAGCUUGGAGUGAUGAUAAUGGCCACUGUUUAUGUUACAAUCAUCAUGCUUCUAAUAUGGGAGUCCAAUAUUGUUAAGGUUCUGUCAUUUGUUAUCACAUUCCUCUUCUUGGAGCUGAUUUUCUUCUCCUCAGCUCUGAGUAGUGUUGGAGAUGGAGGUUGGGCACUGUUGAUUUUUGCAUCUGUUCUAUUCAUGAUUAUGUUUAUAUGGAACUAUGGGAGCAAACUGAAGUAUGACAGUGAAGUCAAGCAGAAGCUUUCAAAGGAUUUAAUGAGAAAAUUGGGGCCCAACCUUGGUACCAUCAGAGCUCCUGGACUAGGCUUAGUCUGCAGUGAUAUUGUGAAAGGAGUUCCUGCAAUUUUCGGUCAUUUUCUGACCUCCCUUCCUGCGAUACACUCUAUAAUAGUGUUUGUCUGUAUCAGGAAUGUGCCGGUUCCUGUGGUUCCCCAAAGUGAAAGGUUUCUUUUCCAACGUGUAUGCUCAAGGGGCUAUCACAUGUUCCGCUGCAUAGCCAGGUAAAUUGAUCAUCCAGUUAUGCAGGAGUUGUUCAGCUUCAGCAUGAAUCAGCUGCAAAAUGUCCCCUGAUACUAACUUGUGUGUGCACAGAUACGGGUACAAAGACAAGAAGCAGGAGCACCACAGUGUAUUUGAGCGUCUCCUAAUAGAAGGCCUCGAAAAAUUCAUACAAAGGGAGGCAGUAGAGUUAUCCCUACAAAGCGAAGACGAUGUCGACUCUGAUGAAGAGCCUCCAACCCCUGUGAAGAUCAUCACAGCGCCAAAUGGCAGCCUCUACUCCCUCGACGUCCCUCUACUGGCAGACUACACGCCUUCAACAGAGGUCAUUCCUGAAGCCAUCUGCUCAACGCCUCAGCACGAUCCUGUACUGGACUACGCACAGAACCUCGAACUGGAGCUGGCAUUCAUCAAGCAGUCAAAGCAGUCUGGUGCCGUCUAUCUCAUCGACAGCCCCAUCAUCAAGGCCAGGAAGGACUCAUGGUUCUUCAAGAAGCUGAUGAUAAACUAUUUCUUCGCAUUCCUGAGGAACAACUGCCGCCGGGCGAUCAUGUUGAUGAGCAUCCCACACUCGAACAUGAUGCAGGUGCGCAUGACUUCUUAUGUCUAAAUGCCGGAGCAGCACUGGUUGCGUUGUUGAUGGCUCUCAUAGAUACCAUACUAGACCGGAAGAGGCUAGCAGUGUAAGAGUGUUGGAUAGCCAAUGUCCAAAGACGAUACCUGUACUCUUGGAAUUGUUCAGGAAAUGAUGGCUUCAGUUCGGUUGUUGUAGGGAUCAAUCUCCCGUGUAGCUAUUGUACAAUGCCAGGCUCCGGUGGAUGCAUCUGUGACACAUUUUGGAUUUUGCUGUCAUAUGCACACGGAACAAAUAACUAUUGUUUACUUGCCAGUUUAUGGAAUUCUUAAUGAAUAUGCACACGGAUCAACCAAUUGUUGUUUA